AUGGAUUUGCAAGCGAGCGAGUUCGACAGGCUCCUCUUCUUCGAGCACGCCCGCAAGACCUCGGAGGCGCACUACGCCAGCAACCCACUCGAUGCGGACGUGAGUGCCGCCGCUAUACUCCCUGGACCCGGACUAUGAUUUGUUUACCUCUCGGCGUGCGACAUUCCGUUUUUCUUCUUUUACUUGGUCCGGUAUUUCUGAUAUGGUAUUUUCCAUUUUUCUACGUUGUUGUGAUCGUAUACAGAAUCUUACGAGAUGGGGAGGUGCCCUUCUCGAGUUAUCACAGUUUCAGAAUGGUCCAGAGUGUAUAAAGAUGUUGACGGGUAACUUGAUCUUCAUCUUCCUUGCUGUUUUUUUGUACUGGCUUUAUGGACGAGAGGUACCUGAAAAGCUUUUCUGCAAUUGCUCUGUAGCAUGUAACGGAUCUUCUUAAUGUUUUCUUUGAUUUAUUUUACUGUCGAUCUCUUGACAGAGGCUAUUUCGAGGUUGGAGGAGGCUUUAGAGGUUAACCCGAGAAAGCAUGACACCCUCUGGUGUUUGGGGAACGCUCACACUUCCAACGCCUUUCUCGCCGUAGAUCAGGAAAUGGCGAAGUCGUACUUCACGAAGGCAGUUGAAUGUUUCCAGAAAGCAGCGGAAGAGGUGAUUUGUCCUCUACUUAUCCAUUUAAGACAUUCUGAUACUGACAAUUGUUUUAUGAAUAAUGGAUCUCCCACAGGACCCUGGGAAUGAACUUUAUCUAAAAUCUUUGGAAGUCGCAGCAAAGGUAUUUUCAAGGGGGCCUUCAACUGCAAUUUUUUUUUUCCUUCUGUUGAUAUUUGCCAUUUACAUGCAUGCGUUUCCAUUUGCAUUUUUUUGUUCUCACUUGUUACUGAAAUAUACCGGUCAAGUAUCAAUGUCAUUGUCAAUUCUAACAAACAAUUGUUAUGUUCUAAUGGUUUUUUUUAAUUAACAUGUGUUAGACUGCAGCGGCUAAAUGAAUGCAUGUUAUGGCGUAAGAUUUUAUUCUCACGUGAAUACUGGCUUUUCCCAGCAGGACAGCCGAUAAAAUUGUAGUGUAUGGUCGCGAGUUUAUGAAGCCUCAUUCAUCCCUUACAGGAAAUAGAAUGCACACUUUUUGUCUUCUUUUUUUUUAAAAGCCUUUCUGGUCGCUUUCUCUUUGUCAUGAUGGGAGUUUUCUUUCUUGUACACGAAGAAUGUAUAUUCUUUGAAUUGCGUUAGAGUUACGUGGAAAACAUUCUACGUGUUCCCUUCUUUGCGAUUGGUUGGUCCCGUUUGUGGAGAAAUAGUAUAUUUAAAUAUAUAUUAUAUAUUAUAAUGACAAGAAAAUUUGAAAUGACCCUGGUCACCUUUAAUUUGCAGAAAUCAAGCCAAAUUAUGUCUUAUAUUUGUACUAGAAUAUUAUUAUAUCUUUUAUGCAGCCUUCUUGUGUGUGUUUUGGUUCUGUUUGAGAUAUUUUUCACUACCAGGUUUGCGGACACAGUACUAGUCAUCCUUGUUAUGAUGCUUCAGUACAAAAUAAAGGCUGUGAUUGGAGCAGAUAUAGAGUUUGAUGUAUUGCAUUCAUCUUAAUCCUAGUCAACAUUUGAAAUAAGCAAAUAUUCCCUAUUCAACGGUCCUUCUCAUUAUAUAUUCUAAUCAUGUAGUCAUUCAGCUUGUUGUUUUUGAUCUCAUGUAUGCUCGCAGAACACAUCAUUUUCCAGCUAGUUACAGCAUUUUCCAUGUGACUAGAACAUUUCAUGAAAUAAUCUCCCAUAUUUGAAAUGACAUAGGUGCCGAAACAUGACGUAAAUAUUGGGUUUUUGGUAUUCAGAGUUUGCCUUUGAUGCAGUCUACCUUGCUGAGCUGUGAUCCCUUUCUAAAUUUGGGUUCUGUUCUGUGGCCACCUCUAUAUGUUUGUCUGCUUAUGGUUUUUUUUGGUUGUAAAGUUUUCCCAGGCCCCUGACCUUCAUUUGGAGAUCCAAAGGCAAGCUAUCAGUCAACAAGCUGCCCCAGCAACACCCUCCACUUCAAAUACGAAUGUAAGCAUUUGCUUUACGAAGAUCUGCAUAUGCUUUCUGCUCCCAUAAUUUUUACUCAUCUGGCAUUUGCCUGUUAAGCAUUUCAAUCUUAUAUUAUGUUCAUUAUGUUGCAAAAUAUGUUCCACUUUGUAUAUGCUAUCAAUCUUAAUCGUGCUAUAAUGCCAUUGGUUUUUGUGGCCUUAAAUCGUAGCUUUGUUCACUUCUGAAGAUCAGGGGGCUUUCCAUGCAUUUAUAUGGGGACCAGCUGCGAUCCAGUUUGAACGCUAUAGGAAUCUUGCUCCCUGUAAUGGAAUGAUUUUGUUGUUCGCCCUCAUUUGUUGUUGUAAAUGAGGGACCGGCAAACCCAAUUCGUCAUAUGAGUUGUGGAUUAUAAGCUUCGCCUGGGUGGGGAGCAGGCAACAUUGCUGGAUUGUGUUCUGAAUGCCCAUCGAAACACAUGUUGGCAUGUUGUCAUUUUUAGACAUAUAGGUAUCACUUUUUUUUUUUUUUUUUUUCAUUCAGGUGAUCCACUUACUUUACUGGACUCUCUUUUUUCCAUAUCUCUUACGACCUGACUGGAUCAAUAAUGCCCCUCCUUUGUUUCUUUAUCUUAACAAUUGAUGCUUCUGCAUACUUUUGCUUUCUUUAGGUCGUUUUUCUUUUCCAAUCCAUAAUAUCAACUGCGGUGUGUAGGAUUGAUGACUGGGUUCCCUUAUUUUUCUGUCUAGGCUGGCUGGAUUUUCAAGUCAGUUGGAGUCUAGGAAAUAGAAUAAAUCCAAUAUUAUGAUGCCAUUAAAUAAAUGCUGGUUCCUGAGGACAUGACGGAAGGAGAUGAGUUACCAGUCAUGGGACCACUUUCCUCAACCGCUGUCAAGAGGGCCCAAUCUUAGCACUAAGAUUGCUAGUAUUCUAUCAUUUACCUGCACGCCCAUCACUCCAGCUGUUCAGCAACACGCUCUGUAUAAUUUCCAUUUCUCCUUUGUCAAUGUCUCCACAGCACCUUCACAUUGCUUCCCUCGCUAGGGUUGUCUUACAUUAUCAUCAUCGUUGUGGCUGCCAUUAUAGGGGAAGUAGACCAUUUGGAAAUAGACAUUACAGCACUAGUCGUAUAAUGAACUGCAGGAUAGGAUCUAAUCUAUUUUUUUGAAUAAGAUCAUAAAAAGCCCACUUGUUUAUGCUUGGUCUUCCUUUUUAGUAGAUAAAGCCCAAAAAAUAAAAUGAAAACAAUCCAAAGUGCCCAAGAAAUAUAUAUCCUCAUUCUCGCCUGGGGUUCGUAAAUUUAUUUAUUUCUUAAAUUUCAUUACUCCAUUUUGAAUGGAAAGAGACCCAUCUUUUGCGAGGAAAAUGUCCUUUUCUUCCAUUUGGCUCUAUGCUUUUUCACAAUGAGACUGCUUACCAGCUAUUCAUAAGAUCUGUGGAUAGGAAUAUAUUGGCAUUCCACAAAUUUUCUCAUUUUUCAUGCACAUUAAUAUUAGUUGAUUGUUUACAUUAUUCAUCCGGCAAUUGAUUGAUGGCUUCUUUUUGCUAUAAAGUUCAUGUUGGCACCACUCAAGGAUUUAUGCUGAAGAAAAAGUCUUGCAAUGAAACUAACCAUUCACCAAAGUCUUGUCACGUUUAGCGACUAAAGCUACUGAUGUUACCUAUCCAUCAUUUUGAACUAUGUUUCCCUUCGGUUAUGAAAGGUGCAAAAAUACUACCCUUAGAUGAAUGAUGGGAAAGUGUUAUUUCACAAACAACGCAAGCCAUUUUCAUAGAACCUCUGCCACACGAGAUAAACCAUGCUACCUAGGCAUCGUUUGUAUUCCAUUAAUGUUUAUGUGAAUUUUCCGUGUGUUUUCCGUGUCUUAGUGAAUUUUAUUAUUAACACUCCGCGUUAUGUUGGUAAUUACUAGGCACACAUUGAACUGCAAUAUCUUAGACUGGAUUUUUUUUAAAAAAUGAAAAUAUUUUAUUUUAAUCAUUGUAGAGCUUGGCCAACCGAGCUUCUCUGCGGUGUAGAAAUUUCAAUGUCUUGGAACUUAUUCAAAUCUGAGUGACAAAAAUCAUAUGAUAACUAGGCGCUCUUCUUUUAGAAUGAUCUCUUCAGGGAAAUUAGUUGUGUCGUUGGGUUGGGCCUGCUCCGAGUCUCCAUGACCUGCUUAAAACUCUACUCGGCCGAAAACUGUUGCCAUGUAUUCUUAACUGACCUGCUUGGAUUAACCUGGCCCUCCAUUCCCAUCCCUGUCCAUCUCCAUCCACUCACCUCCUUCUCCCCCGCUCCACUUCUCAAGUUGUCCUCUCUUUGCAUCACUUCCUCCUCUCAAGCCCCCAUCCACCCCACAACACGUCACAAAAGGAAAGAGCAUGGGGAACGCAAAUCGAAUUCAAUGAUUUGCGCCACUUGCCUACGCUCCCGCCCAGUAUUAAAACAGGCAUUUAGAGGAGAACAUUUGAUUUCUCUAAUAUUUUGGCCCAUCUGACUGGAACAGAAUAUUUUGGACCUCUUGGUAUGGAGGGAUUAAUCACCUCAGAAAUUGAUUGAAACGCCAAUCAAACACAGUAGCCCCUUCGGUCAAUUUCGCGCUGUCUUCUGACCCUAGUUUUGAGUGUUUUUUGCUAUUACUUACUGUCCGAAUGCUAAACAAGUUAUGAUCUGCUCACCUCAGGUGUCCAAGAAUAAGAAAAGCAGUGAUCUCAAGUAUGACAUAUGUGGAUGGAUAAUUCUAGCUGUUGGUAUCGUCGUCUGGGUGGGGAUGGCAAAAUCUCACCUUCCACCCCCGCCAGCGCCGCCAAGAUGA